ACCUCCAAUCCUAUAACUGUUGCAUGUUUUAAUGGCUGGUUUCACAGAAUCAGAGAAGAAGUAAUCUCCUCCAGAUUGUUCACUUACUGGACAAGUGAUUCAUAUCAAGCUACAGGAUGUUACAACCUUCUUUGUUCGGGCUUUGUGCAAACCAACGGCAAGAUUGCCAUUGGAGCUGCCAUUUCACCUGUUUCAACCUACAAAGGCAGCCAGUUUGAUAUAACCAUUCUUAUUUGGAAGGAUCCAAAACUUGGAAAUUGGUGGAUGGGAUUUGGAGACAAUACACUGGUAGGGUACUGGCCAGCAGAAUUGUUCACACACUUGGCAGACCAUGCUACUAUGGUGGAAUGGGGUGGAGAGGUUGUGAAUUCGCGUGCCAAUGGUGAGCACACCUCGACACAGAUGGGCUCCGGUCAUUUUGCUGAAGAUGGUUUUGGGAAAGCAAGUUAUUUUCGGAAGCUCGAGAUUGUUGAUUCCGAUAACAGUUUGAGUUCAGUGAGUGAAGUAUCAACUUUAGCUGAGAACACAAAUUGCUACAAUAUUCAAAGUGCUUACAACAAUGAAUGGGGAACUUAUUUCUACUACGGGGGACCUGGGUAUAAUCCACGGUGCUCUUGAAUUAACCAAGAUAAUCAUCUAGACGACGUUAUUUGGAAAAAUAUAAACGUCCAUCAAAUUCUUUUUGAAAGUGUAAUUAUAAAAUUAUUAUGUGCUAUUUCCUUUCUUGUUUAUGCUAGUUUUAUAUGUUUAAUUUUGUUUAAAUGCAAGCAAGGAAUUUGUAUCUUA